AGCACGUUUCACAUUAUGACUGCACAUGCGAUGAAGAAAAAAAACGGACACUUCUCAUUAGUGUUUGAAUGCGAACCGUGUGUCAAGGGUGAACUGACGACAUCUUCUAAGAUUAAUGGACACUUUGCGAAAUGAUGACAAAGGUACAUAAACUUAGACAGCACUUACACAGAACUUUAUGAAGUACAUCAGUGGAGAGUUAGCUGGGGCUGUCGGACUGCACUCGAUGCGCACAAAGCGCAUUUUCUAAGCCGAAGCUGUUGGAUGUAACGAUCGUUUUUUUAUUUUAUUUUACAAAUCUGUUUUUACUUGGAAGCCAUGGCACUAUAUUUUGUUUACCUAUUGACUCUACUGGCGCUGAUUUUGCCUGGAGAUAUUUGUGGAGCAGGAACGUACGCGUCACGAAACACUCAACAUGUGGAUGAGAGUCAGUCUGAAUCAGCUGCACAGAGUGGAUCUAAGGUUGCCAGCAGACACAGGAACUGGUGUGCCUACGUAGUAACAAAGACUGUAAGCUGUGUAAUGGAAGAUGGAGUGGAGACGUAUGUGAAACCUGAAUACCAGCGUUGUGCUUGGGGCCAGUGUUCCCAUGUGGUUUUGUAUCGGACCUAUAGAAAACCACGGUACAAGGUUGCCUAUAAAAUGGUCACAGAGAUGGAAUGGAAGUGCUGUUAUGGGUACUCAGGAGAGGACUGCAGUGAAGGCAGGGACAGAACUACUGGUGAAGAAGGGAGAAGUGACAGCGAAAAGAUUAAACAACUUGAGGACCAAAUUCAAAAUCUCCAGUCUACCUUAUACAACAUGAAUAAGAAAUUACAGGAGGAAUCUCGAAGGGAAGGCAUCAGUGGUGGCAACAAUCUGGCCGAUGCAGCCCAACCAGGGAUGAGGGACACUAUUCACAGCAUCCAGACCAAGCUGGACAUACUGGACAAUAUGACACAGGUCCAUGAUAGAACCCUCACCAGCAUCAACAACCACCUUGUGGGCGGCAAUGGAAUCAGAAAUGAGUUGGACAGUCGCUAUGGCACACUUAAAGAGGAGAUUCUCAGGGAGCUGGAAAGGCGGGUGACACUGUCUUGCUCGUCAUGCCAAACUGGAGUGGAGAGCAUUCAAAGGCAACAGCAGGAAGACAGAGAGAGGAUCCGAGCUCUGGAGAAGCACAUCAGUGUGAUGGAGCAGCACCACCAACAAACUGCAGAUUUGCUCAAGAAGGAACUAUCCCACUAUCAGAGUUGCUGUGAUUCCCUGAGUGAUCUGGACAGGAGGCUUGGUGCCAUUGAGAGGAAGGUCAGUUCGACUGCAGAAACAUAUGAUGUUCUUAGAGGACGUCUUGAGAAAGAGUUGAAAGGAUCAGGCAAUGGCAAUGGUGGACGGUUAAAAGCACUUGAUGAAAAACUCAACAGCCGUCUUAGAGAACUGGAGAGAAGACUGAAUGGGACGGUUCGAAAAACCGAGCAAAAAUGCUCCCAUACUGAGACAAGUAUGAAGGAGUUUGUCCACCGAGAGAUCGGCCAGAUAAAAAACUCUGUCCUCAGUCGAAACGAUGAUCAUGGUAAUAGAAUAUCUACUGUGGAGAUUGAUGUCGAAGAUUUGAAGCGUUUCAUUAACAACCACAAAAAUGAUCUGGAAAGGUUAGGGAACAAAACAAAUGAUCUCGACAGUGGGCUCAAGUCAGCGAUUAAUUUGUGCACAGAGACGUGCGUUUCAAAAGGGAGUGAGACAGCAGAUACUGUGAAAAGCCUGGAAUGGAAGGUUGUUGCCAAUGAGGAGGACAUUAAGAAGUUUGACACCAAACUAAAAGAUUUAAGUGUGUCUGGUGACUCCUUAUUGGACCGUAUUAUAGAUAUCAGCCAAGAUGUUCAAAAAAUGAAGGAUCUGACAGGACAUAACGGAGAGCACUUUAACCAAGUUGUCACCGAUGUGGAGAAUAUGUUACGUGAUUGUGACAUAUGCAAUACGAUAAAGGAAGAACUUAGUACAAUAAAAAACAUAACCAACCAUACCUUUAACACAUUCCAGAGAGAACUUACAGAUUUACGCAGAAAAGUAGAUACAGAUGAGUAUGCUUGCUCGCUGGUAUGCUCAAACCUCCAGGAGGAAGUGGGCACACUGAAAGAGGAGGUUGAGAAAUGCACAGGCCAAUGCGUUAUCAGCAUGGCUAACCAUCAGAGGAACAUGGAUAAUCAAAAUACCAUAACUCGCAAGCUUGGCAAAGACCUCAAGUCCAUUCAGGGUGAGAUCACAGGGGUAAUCCAAACGUUCAGCUCCAUCAAUGACACUCUGAAAGGCCUCAGGAACACCAUACAGGGGCAUGAAAACUAUAUUUUCGAUCUGGACUCGUCUAAGGAAAGAAUUAACUCUGAAUUAGAUCAGAUUCAGGAUGAUUUGAACAAGCACAAAGCAGACAGUAAAUUGCGUUUUAAUGGCAUCAGUAGCUUUAACAGCAAUUUGAUGAUUGAAAUGGGAGAAUGCAAACUUUCUCGAGAAGGGCUGGAUAAGAGGCUCUCGAAGAUGGAGGAUGUCUGCGGUAGACUGGAUUCCUUUUCAAUAAACCUUCAGAUAAUCAAAGAUGGCCUGAACAAACACGUUUCUGGGCUUUGGACAUGUGUUAAUGACCUAAACUCCACAGUUAUCUCUCACGGUGAGGCCAUCAACAGCAUUCAGAAUGUUCACUUAGAGAACAUUCAUGGCAAAAUGAACAACCUCAACUCUUCCAUACUGCAUGUUUUCAAGGAGUUCCAGAGCUUCACUGAAGAGGACUUCAUUGGACCUCCUGGACCACCUGGUCCUCAGGGAGAGAAAGGAUCCAAAGGACCAGCUGGGCCUCAAGGACCUCCAGGCAGAGAAGGACCACAAGGGAAGGCAGGACCAAAAGGACCCCCAGGUCUCAGAGGUGAACAUGGACCUCCUGGAGAGGAUGCAAAUGUCCCAAGACUGUCAUUCUCAGCAGCACUCACACGACCGCAACCCAAUGCAGGCACUAUCAUCUUCAACAAGAUCUUUGUCAAUGAAAGAAAGGCCUACGAUCCAAAGACAGGUAUGUUCACUGCACCUGUGAAGGGGCGAUACUUCUUCAGUGCAGUCCUGACAGGUCACAAGAAUGUCAAGAUCGAGGCAGUCUUGUCUAAAUCCAAUUAUGGAAUUGUCCGCGGAGAUUCAGCAGGGUAUCAGCCUGAGGGUCUUGAGAAACCCAUGGCAGAGGCACGGCUCACUCCUGGAUCCCUGGUCAUCUUCAACAUCAUACUUCCUCUGGAGAAGGGAGAUACUGUAUGCAUUGACCUGGUCACAGGUAAACUUGCCCACUCCGUGGAGCCCCUUACGAUCUUCAGUGGGACAUUGCUCUAUGAGGAAGAUGACAGAUUGUAAGACCCAUCUGUGGACAAUGUCAGAUGUACAAAUUUGUAUCUGGACAUAACUUUUUUGAAGAACAGUUCUACAUAUUCAGUGUUGAAUAAGGUUUAUAAUACAAAUGCAGGUUUCAUUUAUAACAGUCCAUAAGGAAACACAAGAUGGAUAUAUUUUUUCUCCAUUAUCAGAAAAAUGGACUGAGAUUUUUUUUUAUAUGGUUAAGUUUUUUUUACAUUUAUUCUUGAAUGGCAAAUCAUAUAUUUUCAUAUACUUUAUGUGAGCAGCCAUGUUUGCUUAUAUUAAAAUGUAACUGAGAACAGCAAAGAUCAUGUGAGAAUGAGUGACUGUCAAACUGGGAUCGGACUCAAGUAGAAUAUUUUACAUAAUUAACCUAGACCCUUGAAAUGCCCAUAUGCCCCAGUAAAUACUGAGAAUAUUGAUUACCAUUUACUGACAUGAAAAUCAUUUUGCCGGAAUAGUUCAGCAAUCAUCAACAUCACAAUCAUCAUCAUUCUAUCAGCUAUUUACAAUCAUAUUCAGAAAUUAAGCACUCUUGAGCUAACCGGCCAAAUGGUUUUGCAAAAAGGUCUGAAUUUGUUUUUGAUUCAUUCAGACAGUUCACUCAUACACUGAAUCAUAUACAGCAUUUCUCAAAUGAAAAGUACAACACAAAAGAGCACUUGAUGAGGUGGGUCUUUACCUACAAUAGUAUAAAAACAAACCUUGCAAAUGAGAAAAUAUGGAAUUGUGUGUACUGUUGGUGAGGUUUCAGUUUAAAACAAGGUAAGAUGUUUUUCCCUUAAAGGUUCCAUUCAGGUUUUUUUAAAGAUGGAUACAAUAAAUAUUACACAUUAUAUGUUCUAUUAUUUCCCAUUUCCUCACUGUGUUAUUCUUUAAUAUUUUUGGGCGGCACAUUUUUUCACUUAAUCUCCAAAUUUGGAAAAGUAACUGUGAAAGGAUGAAUUCAAAUAAAGCAGGCUGUGCAGAGAGGAACAUUUUUAGACAUGCCAGAGGCUACAGAUCAGUACAUUUCUGUAACCCAUGCUCUAGUGACUCUUCCAAAGAAAACUAUCAAAGCUGUUUGUGCUAGAUGCAAAAAGGUUUUAAUCUGAUCUUUUUGUCAAUGGAUUUUUUUUCUCUCUUUGGACUGCAGAUGUUCUCCAAAUCUAUCAGCUGUUACCUUUACCAGACAUGUAUUUGUGCAACCUUAGCUGUCUUGGUGAUCUAUGCCUAAUAUUUUCUUUAAUACAAAGGGAUUUCAAAGGACUUUGCACUGAGUAGCCUACUGCGAGAUCAAAUAUUGACCAUUCAGUCCAGUUUAACCCUCAGAAGAGGGGAAUUCCUUAAAAGGUCUUCAUAUAUGUUACUUCAGAAUGCUUCAUUUUGCGGUAAAACAGCUGAUUUGGUCAAUUUAUAGAUUAUAUCAGCUGUCCAGGCAUAACCUGAACCAGAUAUUCAAAUCUUAUAUUUUUAUGUUUAAUCUCACUUCAGGCAUUACGCAACAGUAUUAUAAUUAUGCAAAUAAAGUCUGACUGCCUUGCAAUCCAAACAAUCCUCAUAUUAUUUUCAGCACAAAAUGUUUUCAUAAUCAUAACUUCUUCAAAGCUGAAUGCUAUAUAUUGAAUCUAGAUAAUAUUUGCAAUGCUAGCUGUUAAUUAAAACAUUUUUCACAAA